AUGGCUGCGCGGCCGCUCCUCCUGAUCCGCGGGGGGCGCGUCGUCAACGACGACUCCUCGCUGGAGGCCGACGUGCUGGUGGAGGACGGCGUGGUGCGGGCGGUGGGGCGCCACGUGCUGCCGCCCGGGGACGCGCCAGCCGGGCUACGGGUCCUCGACGCCGCCGGCAAGCUGGUCCUGCCCGGCGGCAUCGACACGCACACACACAUGCAGUUCCCCUUCAUGGGCUCGCGCUCCGUGGACGACUUCCAUCUAGGCACCAAGGCUGCCCUGGCAGGAGGCACCACCAUGAUCAUGGAUUUUGCUAUUCCACACAAAGGCCACUCCCUCAUUGAAGCCUUUGACACCUGGCGAAGCUGGGCUGACCCCAAAGUCUGCUGCGACUACAGCCUGCAUGUGGCGGUGACGUGGUGGAGUGACCAGGUUAAAGAAGAAAUGAAAAUCCUUACCCGGGAUAAAGGGGUGAACUCCUUCAAGAUGUUUAUGGCUUAUAAAGAUGUGUACAUGGUGAGGGAUGUGGAGCUGUACGAGGCCUUCUCUCGGUGCAAGGAGAUGGGAGCCAUUGCUCAAGUUCAUGCCGAAAACGGAGAUCUAAUCGCAGAGGGAGCAAAGAAGAUGUUGGCAUUGGGGAUAACAGGUCCCGAGGGCCAUGAGCUGUGCCGUCCAGAAGCAGUCGAGGCAGAAGCCACGCUGAGGGCCAUCACCAUAGCCAGCGCCGUGAACUGCCCUCUCUACGUCGUGCACGUGAUGAGCAAGUCUGCGGCAAAGGUGGUGGCGGAUGCCCGGAGAGAUGGGAAGGUGGUCUAUGGAGAACCCAUCGCAGCAGGUCUCGGCACAGAUGGCACCCACCACUGGGACAGAGAAUGGCUCCAUGCCGCCCAUCACGUUAUGGGUCCACCCCUGCGACCGGACCCUUCAACGCCUGACUUCCUCAUGAAUCUGUUGGCUAACGAUGACCUAACCACCACAGGGUCUGACAACUGUACUUUCAACAGCUGCCAGAAAGCUCUUGGGAAGGAUGAUUUUACCAAGAUUCCCAAUGGAGUGAAUGGUGUGGAGGACCGGAUGUCGAUAAUAUGGGAAAAAGGCGUGCACAGUGGCAAAAUGGAUGAAAACCAGUUUGUGGCAGUUACCAGCACAAAUGCAGCGAAAAUCUUUAACCUCUAUCCAAGAAAAGGAAGAAUAGCUGUGGGCUCAGAUGCUGACAUUGUGAUUUGGGACCCAAAAGCCACAAGGACCAUUUCGGCAAAAACCCAUCACCAGGCUGUCAACUUCAACAUCUUCGAGGGCAUGGUUUGCCAUGGGGUGCCCCUGGUGACUAUUUCAAGAGGCAAAGUGGUAUACGAAGCUGGAGUUUUCAGUGUCUCAGCAGGAGACGGGAAGUUUAUUCCUCGUAAACCGUUUGCUGAAUAUAUUUACAAACGGAUCAAGCAACGGGACCAGACUUGCACACCUACCCCCGUGAAGCGUGAACCCUAUAAAGGAGAAGUCGUCACACUGAAAUCCAGAGAAGACUCCACACACGGGACCAGGAAACAGGCCCAGCCCUGA